UAUAUAUGGUUGGUUGCUGAAUGCUAAAAAUGCAAAUUUGAACAAAGAGUAAAGAGUGUAACUUUGGAAAUAAAAAGACAAUUAGCACAUUACAAGUUGAUCAAUAAAGCAGUUAACACAACUGACUACCAAAAAUAAUAAUAACUUACUAAAUAGUGAUUAAAAAUACUCAAUUCUCUUAAAUUGCCAUAAAAUAAUAUAAUCUUAAUAUUACGAACUGUGAAAAUUAAUAAAACUUGAAACAAAGACCGUAAUGCUAAUGGUUCUUGAUCAAUAAAUUUGAAGAUUUUUUAAUAAAAAUAUAAUUUAAGUUAAGAUGGACACAUCUUUAACACAACAGCGAAAUCGUUUAAAACCAGCACCUACUACAACGACUACAUCAGCAGCCAAUGCUUCGCCACUGAGUAGUAGUAUCAGUGGUGGAACCAGCGCGAUUUUAACCAAUCAUAACAAUAUCAGCAAUAAUGCCGGAAUUGUAAAUGCAAAUAGAAGUGUUGGUAGUGCAAGUGUUGCAAUUAUGACAAGUUCUGGUGCGGUAAUACCAAUUACUCCAUUAACGCAGUUAUCAACUCAAUCUUCAUCAUUGGAACGAAUAACCACAACGUCAUCAUUGGCGAAUCUCUUAGAUGGAUUUACUUCACGUGUAUCGGGCGAUCGUACUCAGAACGCUGUUAGCACCCCUAGUAGUAUUAGUUCUUUGGGUAACACCGCAAAUGCCUUCUACUCUUCUUUAGGACUUGCUUUCAACUCCCUGACAUCGCCAAUUUCUACGGUUGCUGCUGCAGCACAAGCGACCACCGCUGAAGCUGCAGCUGUUGUUGUAGCUGCUGCUUCAGCCAUUUCAAAUCAUCUUAGCUCACCAACAAGCGGAACGCCUCCUAAUAUGGAGGGCUUAUAUGAUGAUGAUGAUUGUGAGGAUGACGACGAAGAUGACGAUCGUCAUGUACCAGCGCCAACACCUAAAAAGACAUGGUCAGAGAUUAAAUCCAUUGUUAAUGAUAUGCGCAAACAGUUAGUCAAUUUAUCCAGCAUGAUGCCAUCUAAUAUACAGUUCCGUACGUUAUCUGACGGUCGGGUGCGAUGUUACUUUCUGAGUACACCACCCAAUGCCUGGGAACCAACACUGCUUUAUGCAGACAUUAAUAUAAAUGCAGCAGAAGAAACUAUUUUGCAAAAUAGUCCACCCCUAACUGAUAUAAAUGAUAGUAUUGAAAGCGUUAAAGUUUGUAACAACAUUGCAUCAGUUUCAGAUGGUGGAUCAGAUAACGUAGCUGAUUCCCUUGGGAAUGUUGUAACAAAUCGCUUGCCGUCACCAACUUCUUCACACGCUUCGUCUCCCAUAUUGAAUUCAUCUUUCCUCAGAUAUAGUUCAAACAAAAGGCUUCAAUGGAAGGUGGUAUUACAACAGCCAAUGUCAAGUGUGGCUGCUACGGCUGCUAGCGGAGGCGUUAAUCUAUGGUCAAGAGAAUUUCAGCUACUGCAGGAACGGAAACGACUCUCAACGUGGGGCAUUACUUCGUACGAGUUACACAAACCAAGCGGAAAAAUAGUUUUUCCCUGCUUUAGUGAUCUGUAUCAAUGCCUCGAUACUGGAUAUAAUACCAGCCCGCUUUUCCCUACACAGUUGCGAACAUGUCCCCAGUGGGCAGCGUUAGAUCCACAAAUCUGCCCACAGAAUUCUGAUUUAAUAGCAUACAUUAGCGGUAGCGACAUAUGGGUGACACAUACGGUUAGCGGACAUGAAGAGCGUUUGACAUUCGUGCACGAUGGCCGUCGUUCUAUUGCAGAUGAUCCUCUUAGCGCUGGUGUGCCAUCAUAUAUAAUGCUUGAGGAGUUUAGCCGCUUCCAGGGUUAUUGGUGGCAACCACACUCUAAUGAUGGUGUAUAUCGCAUUGUUUACGAGGAAGUGGAUGAAUCGGAUGUUUGCUUGUAUACAUUUCCAUCAUCGCAAGCAACGCCUGGGGAAAUAGAAGAAUAUCGUUUUCCACGUGCCGGCACAGCCAAUGCAAAAUCCAAAUUAAAAUUAGUGCAAUUCGUGCUCAAUGAGUCGCUGCAAAUCAGUGACGUUUGUAUAAAGGAUUUACCGUAUUCGCUUUCCGUGGUGUUUCCUUGGCUGGAAUAUAUAGUGCGCAUUGGGUGGACGCCCGAUUCAAAUUACGUUUGGAUGCAGGGCUUGAACCGUAAACAACAACGUUUGGAUUUGGUACUUAUACCCUUGGAUAAUUUUUGCGAAACCUAUACCAGCACGGCGUCGUCGCCCUCAGGUUCGGCCGACCACAGCUGGAAGAGUCCAUAUUGUAGAGCUGUGUCACCUCUACAGGUUAUUUACUCUCAGACAUCAGAUACAUGGGUGAAUGUGCACGAUUUGCUUUAUUUUCUGGAAAUAACCGAUACAACGGUGACUUUUUUGUGGGCCUCUGAGGAGACUGGUUUUAGACAUUUAUAUCUCGUCACAUCUAGCCUGAAUACAUGCCCACUGAAUGGGUAUAAAGACACGCAUAGCACUACGAACAAUUUUGAAAUGAAUAGUCGAACAAAUUCAACGUCAUCUACCACAUCAGCCAACAUGGAUAUUCAUACGGAUUUCAUCGAUAGUGUGACGUUGCAUCCCAGAAUUAUUAAUAAAGUAGCACUUACCUCCGGCGAAUGGGAGGUUUUACAUCGAAACAUUUGGGUGGACAAAGCGCAACAGUUGGUAUAUUUCAUAGGAUUACGUGAUACGCCACUGGAAAAACACUUGUAUGUGGUGAGUUUACAACGUCCCGAACACAUACGUUUGCUAACCGAACCGGGCUAUUCAUAUCAGGUGGAAUUUGAUGAGGUAAUAAUGAUAUUUAUCAUACAACAUCAAUUUAAUAAUUCAUACAUUCUUAUUAUUGGUAUUUUGCAGUCAUGUCAAUUGAUGUUGCAAGUCUAUUGCAACAUACAGCGCUUGCCUUCCUGCAAAGUGAUGCGUGUUGUACAAACAUGCCAAAAUGGUGGUGUUAACGGCAUACAAUUAUCACUGAUGGGCUAUCUUCAUGAGGGUGGCAAACCUGAUCCACAAUAUUCUCCGCAAAUGUUCCGCCCACAAUUACCGUCGGGUGAAAUCGUGUAUGCAAUGGUUUUUAAACCACAUAAUUUCCACUUGGGCAUAAAAUAUCCAACAGUGCUCAAUGUUUAUGGCGGACCUGAGGUGCAAACUGUCAAUAAUACGUUCAAAGGUAAACAUCAGUUGCGCAUGCAUAUGUUGGCGGCGCAAGGGUAUUGUGUCAUUUGCAUCGACUCGCGUGGGUCACGACAUCGUGGACUUAAAUUUGAAACUCACAUACGUUGUCGCAUGGGCCAAGUGGAGCUGAACGAUCAAGUGGCUGCAUUACGAAUAUUGGCAGAUCAGUUGGGCUACAUUGAUAUGAAUCGUGUAGCUAUACACGGCUGGUCCUAUGGUGGUUAUCUCAGUUUAAUGGGUCUGGUGCAGUAUCCUGAAGUCUUCAAGGUUGCAAUUGCUGGAGCGCCAGUUACAAAUUGGGAAUAUUAUGACACGGGCUAUACGGAACGCUAUAUGGAUUUGCCGCAGAAUAAUAAACGUGGCUAUUCAGGGGGCUCUGUACUCAAUUACGUAGACGCUUUCCCCGAAGAAGAAAAUCGUCUUUUACUCAUACACGGACUCAUCGAUGAGAAUGUUCACUUCUAUCAUACCUCACAGCUCAUAUCAGCCUUGAAUCGUGCAAACAAACCAUACGAUCUACACAUAUUCCCUGAAGAGAGACACUCAUUGCGCAACUUGGAAUCCAAUAAAAAUUAUGAGACGAAACUAUUGGCGUUCCUGCAAAACUUAUGAAAUUGCCAACACCAUGCUACCUAGCAAUUAGCUAUGCAUAUAAUAAUAACGACAACGAUGACGAUAGCAAUGCUACUUAUAAUUUUUGUGUUGUAAACUUGUAGCGAUAAUCUCUUCAAAAAAUACGUUUCCACAUCCACAAACACCAAGUAUGAUCGCCAUAAUGUAGUAAAUAACAGCGCUAAAAAGGCAAUAUCGGUUGAUUGGCAGCAAAUAUUAGUAAUGUAUGUUUGUUGCCAACCUCCACUUUUCGGAAAUCGUUAAGCGCAUGUAGUGUAUUUUAUUUCAACUGACCUCUAGCAAACUAUUUAGAUUAAAAAUUUUAUUUUUUUUACCAUCUUCUAUCACUAAAUAACUUGAUUUGUACAGCCAGAAAAUAAUAGUAGCUUCUAUAGCAUCAGCGACACUAAAUUAAAAUCGGCAGAAAAUGCAUUAGCGCAGUAUGUAUAUAAUCGCUUGGCGUUUCGAGCAGCGUGUAACGUAAAAGUCAUGUGUGCAGAAAUUAAUAUUAGUAAUAAUUAAAUUAAUGAACAAUAUAUAUAUAUAUAUAAACUUAAGCUAAAUUAUAAAAAGGCAAAUAUAAGCGUUUACUUAAACUAAUUGUAGUCAACUGCAAGAAUUUGAAUAAUCUUAUCACAAUAGCAAACAGAGUGAUGUAAAAAUUAAUAGAACCUAUGGCUGCCAAUACAAAGUGCUGCGAACUAUAGAUUUGUAAACUCUUCAUACACCUUCAAAUGUUUCAUGCGUGCUCAAAUCGCGUUGUACAUAAGUUGGUCAAAUAUAAUUAUUAUUAUUAUUAUUAUUUAUUUUUUUUUUUGGUUUAUGUAAAGCAUAAAGUCAUCAAUUGCUAAUAUUUAUUGCUUACAACAUAUUGUGUAUUAAUUUUUAUUUUAAAAAUUAAAAAAAAACAACAACUUGUAAUUUUAGUGCGCAGCUAGAUCUAUUGAAACGCGUUCAAUUGCGCAUUGAAAUAAAUGUGAAAUUUCGAAAUUAGGCGUUACGCCUUAAACUGAGUAACUCAUAGCAGUAUAUACCGUUUUGUACCGUUACAUGUAAGAUUAAAAAGGUCUAAUCAGUUCAUUUUGUGCUCAUAAAUAAGAAUAAGUAAAAAGCAAUUUCAAAAACUGUGUUGUUUGCAUUGAGAUGAUUUUUUAACUGAUGACAAUUUCCAACGCAGAACUUGCCGGUUUAUAGCCUGCAAUGAUUAAUGUUAAAAGUCCUAAACGUGUCGUUGUCCUCAAUAUUUAAAUGUAAUGUAUGUAAAUAUAAAAUGUUGCAAUAUUAAAUAUAAAUUAAAUAACAAUU